CGCAGGGAGGAAGCGUGAGGGAGCUCCAGUCGUCUCCCCCCUGGCCCUGGCCCUGGCCCUUGGCGUCGAUACCUGAGAGAGAGAGGUCGCUGGAGCCACAGGCCCAUGGAGUGGGGGUGUCUAGUUUGGUAUCUUGGUCGCCCCACGGCUGGAAGGGAUUCUCGGCACUACAGAGGAGCAGGAAUUUGAGAGGAAAAACGACGUCAGUAUUUCUGCCUUCAGCCUCCUGCUCCCUCCCACAUCUGCUGUCAUCCUCCCCAGCACUCUGGCACCCCUGUGCCCCAGAGAUUUCUGUCUAGGGAUCCCUCAAACAAACACACAGGUUAUGAAGUGACGACAUCUCUGCUGGUUACUCCUGUCUCCCCAAGGGCUCUGAAUGGGGGUCUCCUCUGGUCCUCACCAUUCCUCCCCAGGCUGAGCCAAGGGGGACCUGUCCCGCCAGACCCAGGGCCAUGGCCUUCCUCCUCAAGUUCUUCCGUUUCGGCGCGGAGAAGAAGAAGGCGAAACACUACGAGAAUGUGAAGCGCGACGUCAACCCAGAGGACAUCUGGAGAGUGCUGGGGGAGCUGGGGGAUGGCGCCUUUGGAAAAGUCUUCAAGGCUCAGAACAAGGUGACAGGGGUUCUGGCUGCUGCAAAGGUGAUUGACACUCAGAGUGAGGAGGAGCUGGAAGAUUACGUGGUGGAGAUAGACAUCCUUGCCUGCUGCGAUCACCCAAACAUUGUCAAGCUGCUGGAUGCACUGUACUGGGACAGCAGGCUGUGGAUCCUGAUUGAGUUUUGCCCAGGAGGAGCAGUGGAUGCAGCCAUCCUGGAGCUGGAGAAGGGUCUGACAGAGGAGCAGAUCCAAGUAGCCUGUAAGCAGAUCCUGCUGGGCCUGCAAUAUCUCCACAGCUGCAAGAUCAUCCACAGGGAUCUGAAGGCUGGGAAUGUCUUGCUGACCUUGGAAGGAGAUGUCAAGCUGGCUGAUUUUGGAGUCUCUGCCAAAAACGCCCAAACCCUGCAGCGACGGGCAUCCUUCCUUGGGACACCAUAUUGGAUGGCUCCAGAAGUGGUGCAGUGUGAGACCUCGAAGGAGAACCCCUAUAACUACAAGGCUGACAUCUGGUCCCUGGGGAUCACUCUGAUCGAGAUGGCCGAGAUGGAGCCCCCCUACCACGAGCUGAACCCCAUGAGAGUGCUGCUGAAAAUCUCCAAGUCCCAGCCACCCACCUUGCGCUGUCCCAAGAGAUGGUCUGAGGAAUUUAAAGACUUUCUGAGAAAAUCGCUGGAGAGGAAUCCAGAGAUCCGGUGGUCAGCCAGCCAGCUCCUGCAGCCACACCAUGACCACAAAGGCUCCUUCUGCAAGGCCUCCACCAGCAGCCACCACGAGCAGGAAACACCGCCCCAGGCCAGUCAGAGCCUGGUCGGGAGGGAAGGGCAAUCAGAAGCAGGCCGGGAGAUGGACAUGAUGGCUCAGCCAGCCAGCCAGCCUCUUCUGCCAGCAGAGGAGAGCAAACGGGAAGAGCAAACGGGGUCGCCAAAGAAUCAGAUGGGGAGUCCGCUCCCUGCUGGCCAACCUGAGCUCCAAGGACCUGAGGUCAACACCAGUGUCCAGGGGGACUCCGUCCCCUAUGGUCCCCAGAUGAGGGCAAAAAAAACAUCCGACUUCCUGAAACAAAUGAGGCGAAAGUCCGCGCCCAUGUUUGCAGCUUCCCGGGAGCUGCGCGGCUCCAUGAGGCUCCCCUCCCGGAGGCCCUCCGACGUCCUGAAGCUGAUGAGACGCAGGUCGUUCUUUGGUGGAUUGAAGUCACAAGAAAAUGCCAGGGAACAAGGUGGGAUCAAUGGAGAGCCAGUGGCGCAAACAGCCAGUGGGAAAGAUCACGGCGAGGAGCAGUUACCUUCAUGUCCUGAGCCUCAGCCAUGUGUGGGGCUGCCAGGCACGCUGGAGGAGACAGCGCCAGAUCCCUUCCGAACAGCAGCACUCGAACCAGAAGCAGAGAACGACUUUAAAGGGAACCAUGAAAAGGAGACCAGCCCUCUAGAGAGCCCAGCCCAAGCAAGAGAACUUUGUACUGGGCCAAAUCAUUUAGCACCAUCUAAAGAUCCAACGGAAGGGCAAGAGGUGGAAACAGAAGAAGUAGAAACUGCUGAUGAUCUGGCCAAGCCUGUAUUGGAAGAAACUCAGGCAGGUUUUGAACUCCCUGAUUCAAACAUAACAGACAGAGUUCCCUCCACAGAAGCAGAAAGUCAACAGGCAGCUGUAGGCCUGGAGGACAGAACCCAGACAUGCCCCACUUUGCUCUCAGUGAGUAACAUGGAAAACCUAUCAAAUAGCGAUUCUACCAGUAAUUUAUUGGCUCUGCAGGAAUGCACAGGAGCAACUAAGUGGGACUUGUCUGAAGGCUCAGCUGGGAUGGGAGAAGGGCAGACCGUGGAUGAGACUCCUUCCUCCAGUUCCAGGAAAUGGAGGAUUCAGGGUGAAAGGACAGAGGAAAUACGAAGUCUAGCAAAGAAACAUUACCUGGAUUGUGCAUCUGUGAGCAGCCCUCUUGCAAACCUGGACGUGAGCGAGGGUACACGACUAUUAGCAGCUCUAGAUCUUUGUCAGACUAGUACUAAAGUUCUGAGCAUCAAAGAACCCUUGAGACAGCUCCAGCCCAAAGGUGCUGGAGUGUGUCUAGGUAAGGAAGUGAGAGGGGUUAGAUUACAGACUGAAAAUUACUCAAAUGCAGCAGGAGCACAAGAAGGUGGAAGCCCAGAGACUUCUGGGGAGCUAGCAGAGCAGAUACACUGUGAAACUGAGAAUGAAAGACUCCCCAAGGAAUUAGAGCAGAGUGGUGAGAAUUGGCAGCAGGCAGAAACCUUCUCAGUAAAGAAUGUAGCCGAAGGAGACAUGGAGAACGCAGAUGAAAACACAAAGGUGGCAUCAGCAACCCUAGAAGAGCUGUGUUGUAUGGGAGAGAUUGCAGUGACUGAGAAUGGAGAGAACAAUACAGCGGUCGCUAGCUCUGCUAAGGAGACAGUGGUUCCAGCCAACGAGGAAACAGGGAAGAAUGAGGAAGAAACUAUAGACAACAAUAUAAGGGGUCAUUUAAAUGAAGAUCAACAUUCAGGAGUGGACACCUCCCCCAAGGAGAUCAUGGGGCCAGCGCAUGAGGAGUCAGAAGGAGAUAUUGUAAACAAGGUUGUAGAGGAGCAUUUAAAGGGAGACCAAAAUUCAGUGGUGGACGCAUCCAGUCAGGAGAUACUGGUACCAGCAAGAGAGGAAGCCCAGGAAGGCAGCAUAGAAAAUAUAACACUUGGUCAUUUAAAUUUAGAGGAUCAAAACCCAGUGGUGGAUACCUCCCCCAAGGAGAACCUAGUGCCAGCUAAGGCACACACAGGGGAGAAAGUGGAAGACACUGCAGACAGCCCUAGGGGUGACCCGUUAAAUGUUGUUGAGGACAAAGACCAUGAAGCUAGGGGAGAUGGAAAUGGUAGAGAAACAGAGAAGGAAGAGAGACACCCACCCAGAGAAGGUCUGGCAGAGGCGGUUCUGUGUCCAGAAGGGGCCUUGGGGGAUGGAGCUGGAAGAGAAGGGAGAAGUGCCCCCCUGGGAAACGGAGCAGGGCUAGAGCCCCAGGGGGAACCUAUUGAGCACCCAAAGGUAAGGAAGAGCGUGAGCUUUGCUGAGGCACCCCUGGGAUGCCCCGCCUCCCUGAAACAGGCAGCUAAUGGAGGAGCAAUGAGAGAUGGAAAAGAUCCCAGUGGUGAGGGAGAUUCGACCUUAAACGAUGGUUUAAUACACAACCGAGAAGAGACGCUGACUUCACCAGGCAAUACAGAGUCUGACACGGACCUCCACCUUCCUUCGGCAAGGCUGCGGACCCCGCAUUGCGCGCAAGACAUCACACAGGAGGCUGUCUCCCUAAGAAGAACAGUGAAGAAAACCAGGAAGUUUGUUGUGGAUGGGAAGGAGGUCAGCGUGACAACCUCAAAGACCAUCAGCGAGGUGGAUACAAAGGGCGAGAAGAUGCGCUCAGCUCGGCGCCAGGAGCUGCAUGAACUCCGCCUUCUCCAGAAGGAAGAGCAGCGAGCCCAGAGCCAGCUGGAACAGAAGCUCCAUCAGCAGCGGGAGCAGAUGUUCCGCCACAUUGAGCAGGAAAUGACGAGUAAGAAGCACUAUUAUGACCAUGAGGUGGAGAGCCUGGAGAGGCACCAUCGGCAGGCUCGGGAGCGCCAAGAGCACGAGUUCACCACCAGGCUACGCGAUGAGGCCAAGCGGCUGAAAGCCCUGCAGGAGAAGGACUAUGGCAAGAAGCUGUUGGCCUUCAGGGGCAACAGGCGAGAGGAGCAGAGAUUUCUGCAGCAGCAGCAGGAGGAGCUCAACCUGGCCUUGCAGAAAGUCGUGCAGGAGCACAAGAAGAAAGUGACCUCUAUCGAGUGGGAGUGCGUCAGCAAGAUCCACAGCCUCAGGAGAGCCCGGGAGGCCGUGGUGUGGAGCGUGGAGCAAGGCCACCUGCAGGAGAAGUAUCAUCUCUUCAAGCAGCAGGUGAAGGAGCAGUACUCGCUCCAGCGGCAGCAGCUCAGCAAGCGGCACGAGAAGGAAACCGAGCGGAUGAGCCGCUUCCACCUCCUCCUGCUGGACGAGCUGAGGAACCAGCAGGCGCAGCAGCACGCUCAGCUGCUGAAAACCCAGCGUGGGGACGCCAAGCUCCGCCUAGCCAUGUUCAAGGAGAGUCUGAAGAUCCAGGAGGUGACGGGCGCUGAGCAGAAGGACAAGACCAAGCAGUUCCUGCAGCAGGAGGAGGGGCGCCAGCGGGCAGAGGUGCAGCUACAGCAGCAGCAGCACAAGGAGCAGAUGCAGGACCUGCAGCAGCAUCUGGCUGAGAACCUGAGUGAGCUGGAGCAGUUGCAGACCGAGAAGCUCCGCCUGCUGGUCGAACAGGAGAAGAAGCAGCUGAAGGGGCUGGAUGACGAACACACCCUGGAGCUGAGCGAGUGGAAACAGCGGCUCGCUACCCGCAAAGAAAUGCUUGAGGAGGAGCUGGCUCACUUGAACCCGCUGCAGCAGAAGGAGCUACGCCGUGGCAGCGAACCAGGCAGCAGGAUAUCCCGGUUCUUCCACUUCCCUUCCUGACAGCCCGCGUGGGAUCCCAGUGGGGACGGCCAGCAUGGGUCCUAAGCUCCUUCUCCCCAUGACCUGCAGAACAGCUCGGCCUGAGAGCUGGAGCAGAGACGGUGCCUGCGAGCAGCCAGGAGAAAAUCCCUCCUGUACCUGUAUUCAGGGGGUUUGAUCAAGGUGCCAUUCAACCAGAAAGACCACACGUGACAGCACCAAGGAGCCCUGCAGCAGAAGCAGCUCUGGGUGGGCUGCUCUCUGCAGUGUGACAUUGCCAGGGGGAUCCACAGGCCUAGAGCUCUGCAGUCAGUAGGUCAAGACAAGCAGAGACACGUGGCAUGUAGUGGUGGGCAGAGGAGAAGACGAGUGCAUCUCAGACAGUUGGACACGGAGCCUGUAGGGAUCUGGGACAACCCAUUAAUACGAUCUGCUGGAGGGGAAGAUUUAGCACUAGCCUAAGCCCUCACCUAGCUGAGUACAUUCCGCUCCCAAAGCUGCGAGACUGAACUCCUCACGCCCUCCGUGCGGGGGGUGGGGCUGUUGUAGCUUACGGCAGGGGCAGGCCAUUAUUUGUUCUCAACGUCCAAAUGUCUUGGUCAAGAAUUAGUCAAGGUCCAGACUCCAGAAAAAAUAAUUUAAAAAGUCCAACGAUAAUGAUAAGUAAAUAAGAUUUCAGGGUCUGUUCCAAAGUGUCAGGUGGUCCGGAUUUGGCCUACGGUCCGCCUGUUGACUACCCCUGCCUUACUGAAACCCAUGAUGACAAAGCCAGGCCUUGGAGCAGCCCAGCAAGAGGAGCACUACACCCGCCGUUUUUAAUUCAAGGUGCUGAGUGUCUGUGCAGGCCAUUGACCACAAGUGGGUUUAUUAGUGCGCUGAAAUCUGGCCAGUGGCACUUAGGCACAUGAGUGUACAGGCAGAAUUGUAGGGACCACCCCUGAGGAGCUAACUUAAUGAGUUAGUGUGCUGAACCAAACCACCAUCAACACUGAGCUGAACCAAAACACCAUCAACACUUUUUUUUAUUGGGAAUAAAACCAAACCCCCAACUCCAAACCUUGUCUGUCCCUAAUUUAAGGAGAAACCUGUGUUUGCACCAGUCUGAGGGGAGAGAUUGUGGGCCUUGGCAAAGCAGCUGUAAUGGCACUGGUUCUCCAAGGCGGGGCUGGUGUGUUUCCCCCAGCUCGUGAGGAAGAUGUAGUAAGAUGAGGUCCUGAAACACAAGUCCUUGUAUCAGAGGCCCGGUAUGAGGCCUAAGGCCUGAGCUAAAGUAAUGGUCAAGACUUUGCUGAUAUAAAACAAAAAGCUGUGAGCCAGAGGGAGGCCCUGCUCACAGAAUCUGGCGAGAAGACGGCUGAUGCCGCAAAAACACACAUACCUAAAAGGUACUGGGCACAAGGGAUGGAAACACGUGCCAGGAUGGUACCAGAACACUCCAGCACAGGCACAUUCCACAUAGAUAACGAGGAACAGGCUGACUCACCCUAAAGAGAGGGUCAAAAUGGUAAUAUGGUGGAUAGAGUUGUUUUGCUCAAACCAACAUGUACAAGGUGAGAGGCAGCAUCUUGCUACGUAGAGGGGUUGUACCUCAAUACGUCAGGACUCAGGUGUAACUUGUUUGUACCUGUGUAUAAAAAUGGACCUCUGAGAGGUUGUCUUUAUCUGGCCUAGGGGGCAGUGGUAAAUCCCACAACUGACUGAGCCGGUCCAUUGUCAGGGAGCAGAUAUGUACUAGCAGAAUGGUAGACAUCUGAUCCGGGGAGCUAGAGACUGUGUUUCAU